AUGAUUUAUGAUGUCGAAUUAAUUCCCGUUAAUUAUCUUGGUCCUCUUGGUAAACUCGCUUAUAAUAUUGGUAAAAAUUAUCCGCAGUUUGCUAAAUUUUUAAAUUUAUUCGCUAUAGUUAUUCAUUUUAUCGAAGGAUUUUAUGCAUUAUAUCUUUGUAGAAAAUUGAAAUACUCGUUGAAUUGUACGAUGAAAUGGUUUGUGCAAACUGUAAUUCUUGGUUUUCCUUCUCUUAUAUUAUUAAUAAAGCAAAAACAAAGGAAAUUUUUGGACUGA